AAUCCCGCGGCCGAGAGAAACCAACGUCUCUCUUCCCCCUUCCCUCGACUCGGGGGAGAGAGAGAGGAAUUUCCUGCGGUCCGGUGACUUUUAUCGAGAACACCAUUCCCGUCCGCCUUAACACCCCGUUGGGGAAGGAGCCGUGAUUUAUACGAGCUUGAUCGGCCGUCCUAAGCCUCUCUCGUUAGAAUCGAUUGCGCCAAGGGGUGGACGCUCUCUCCGUCUUCCUCUUUCUCUUUCUCUCUCUCUCGAAACACAACCCAUCACCACCACCCCCUCCCUCUUUCGGUCACGUCCCCCUGGAAUUAGGUCGUCUCGACGUUUCGAUCAGAUUUCUGGAAACAAUUGGUUGGUCGCGUGGCCGUUAAACUCGUCCGCAAACUUGCCCCCAAGAAUUUCUUCUACCCCUGCGAAACAACUUCCCUUUAGAGGAAAACAACAACGGGAAAAAAGUUGCUUCUCUUUCAAAGUUCCAAGAAAAUCUUUCUCUAAUUAUGCGUAUCCUUUCUUUCGAUGAAGAAGAAGAAGAAGUUUUUCCUCAAAUUUAUCGGUGGUACGUGAUGAUAUUUGUUAAAAGCGAUCGUUUUCUUAUUUUUUUUUAACCUUCCUUCCCCUUUCUAUAUUAUAUUCCUCUCGAAAAAGCUUGCCAUCACUUUCAAUCUCGAUAAUUUCCUCGCAUUGAAUCUCGAAAAACUUCUCUAGCCAAGGGAAGUGCAGAGGAGAAGUUAAAGGAAAAGAGAGAGAGAGAGAGAGAGAGGCUUGGCCGGCCGAUUGGCACAAAGAUCACACGCCACGAUCAUUAAACGUUCCAUUCGCGCAGAGAUUGGCUCGUUAGUGGCGCGUUCAUCUCCGGAAUCCGCGGCGGGAAUAAUAAUAGAAGGUGGUGGUAUACUAGUAGUAGUAGUAGAGCCCCCGUCCAGAGGAGGGAGGGAGGGACGUGUAUCGUCUCCUUAACGACGUAUCCCUCGACCAACAACUCGAAUCAACAAUUUAUUGUCCAUCCCACGGAGGAGGAGGAGGAGAUCAAUACCGGUGCGGAGAAGACCACCUCUCUCACCCCUCUCACCCCAUUCCCACGUUCAAAUUGAAAUCUAUUCUCCAUCUCUCUCUCUCUCUUUCUCCUCUCCUCCUCUCGUCCUUUCCCCGCGUAUCGUGCACGCGUUGUUGUUGUUGUUGUAUGUCGGUUGAUUGCCGGUCGGCCGGGAACGUUCGAUGCAUACGCCGGCGUGGAACGAUUGCGGGAGACAGCGGCAACGACCGACUUCAAGGUAGCUUAAGCCAGUCCACGGUUUAUGUAAGCUGUUUCGAGGUCUGGGGGAGGAUCUAUGCGCGCCUCGCUUUCCUUCGCCGGCCGCCGUACAUGUAAAUUAUGUAGGACUUCUCGAUUAAAUGGAUUCACGGCGGUAUUAGCGGGAUCAGUUUCCGGUUUCCUGGCUUGUUGCUUUACAGGGGCGAAACGACUCGAGGGGGGAGAAAGGGAGGAGGCAGGAAAGGGGAAGGAAGGAGAGAGAAGAGGGGUGGACGGAGAAAUACCAUGGCAACGCGACGAUUGUUAGACGGAAAUCCUUGAUGAGAGAAGUGGAUCGACGAUAUUAUUUCCGACGGCGAGAAGUGCAACGAAGAAACGAUUCGAUAGAGAAGAAGAAGAAGAAAGAGAAGGAGAAGGGGUGGUCAAACGAACGUAGCCGAGAAUCGAAAUUCGACUUGUGAAAAAUGGCCGAGAAGCAAGAAUUCAAGGUUCUCUUUCGAAGGAGAUGGCCGCAAUAUAUUGGCGCGAUCUCAGCGUGCAUGGGUGGAUUUUCACUGGGUUGCGGUAUCGGAUGGAGCGCGCCAUGCGUUGAACUUUUGAAAGAAGAGCACAUGUACGACAUAUCCGCGAUCGCCUUGAUCGCCGCGAUUUUCCCAUUGGGUGCGGCCUGCGGGUUGCCAAUUGUGCCAUUCCUGAUCGACAAGAUCGGUCGAAAGUGGUUGAUGCUCUCUCUGAUUCCGGCCUUCAUCCUCGGCUGGGUUUUCAUCAUAAUCGGUGUUUCCGUGUUCGCCCUUCUGGUCGUAGGAAGAUUUCUCACUGGCGCCUGUGGUGGCAUGUUUUGCGUCAUAGUGCCCAUGUACUCCGCCGAGAUUUCGGAGAAACAAAUCAGAGGUACUUUGGGUAUAUUCUUCCAAUUAUUGCUCGUGAUCGGGAUCCUGUACGCCUACUGCUGCGGAUAUGCUAGAAACGUCGUUACCACGACAGGUCUUUGUUUAGUUGGUCCAAUUCUGUUUGUUAUAAUGAUGAUCUUCAUGCCUGAGAGUCCUAUGUUUUACAUGGUAAAGCGCAACGAGGAGGCUGCCAAAAGAUCGAUGAGAUUCUUCCGAGGACCGGAUUACGAAGAAAUCGACGAUGAGCUCGCUAUAUUCAAAGAACAAGUAGAGAAAAGCGCACUCCAGCAAGUGACGUUCGGCGCGUUCAUGAAGAAAGCUGUGCUGAAGACGUUGGGGAUCGCUUAUGGGCUGAUGUUCGCCCAACAAUUCAGCGGUAUCAACGCGAUCAUAUUCUACAGCGAGACGAUUUUCAAGCUGACCGGCGUCGAUCUAGAUCCCUUGAUGCAGAUGGUGGUGUUCGCGGUGGUCCAGGUGAUCGCUUGCCUCAUAGCUGCUGCGCUGAUCGACCAAGUGGGCAGAAAAGUACUCCUGGUAGUAUCUUUUACGGUGAUGUGCAUCUGCCUGAUAGGUCUGGCCGUGUUUUUCAUCAUAAAAGAAUCCAAUCCCCCGUUAGCCGACACUCUGUAUUGGUUACCGCUCCUUUGCGCUUGCUUAUACAUCCUGUCCUUCUGUCUGGGUGCCGGUCCUAUACCGUGGGCCUAUAUGGGAGAGAUCUUUCCCACCAAGUUAAAGGGGACCGCUUCCACGUCCGCGGCAUUGUUCAACUGGAUAUUGGCGUUUAUCGUGACGGUGUCGUUCUCGAGCGUGGUCGAUGCCGUCGGGAUCGCACCUGUUUUCUUCUUCUUCGCGUUGAUCUGCGCGUUGAGCGUGAUUUUCGUGAUCUUCCUUUUGGUCGAGACAAAAGGGAAAACGUUCACCGAGAUACAGAGGGAAUUCGGCACGUUCGAAAUCGAGGAAUAAAAGGAAAGAAGAAAAUAUAUAUAUAUAUUUGAAUAAAAAUAUAUAUAUAUCGAAUAUCGAGAUCCGAGAGAUGAUUUUAUCGCUUUGUGAGCGAAAAUGAAAAAAAUAUAUAAAAGGGGAAAAAAAAAA